AUGCCAGCUGACGCCGAUCAUCUGAAUGAAGAGAAUGCGCGCCUGAAGAAGGAACUCCAGAAUCUGCAGCAUCAGCGAGAGAAAGAGAAGAAUGAGUUCGAGAGUAAGAUCGCUUCAGAAAGAGAGCUGGGAAAGAGCCACCAGGAGGCGGCCUUGCAAAG